AUGACUUCAAGAGCCGAGCAAGGGAUCCAGGGCAAAGCCACAAACAAGCGAAGCCUCGAAUAUGUGCUAAAGAGCGGGUUAGCAGGUGGACUGGCGGGAUGCGCAGCGAAGACUCUUGUUGCACCACUCGAUCGCGUCAAAAUUCUUUUCCAGACGUCAACUCCCGCGUAUGUGGAAUACAUUGGAAGCUGGAAAGGAUUCGUGUCUGCUCUUACGUCAAUCAGCAGCCAUGAAGGACUCAGAGGCCUAUUCAAGGGUCAUUCAGCCACCCUACUUCAAAAAUUCCCUUACGCGGCCAUCAAUUUUCUGAUGUACGAACAGAUGAGAGCUCUCUUCAUCUCGUCACCUGAAAAAGAGACACCGCUCCGUCGAUUCCUGUCUGGCAGUGUUUCCGGUGCCACGUCCGUUUUCUUCACUUAUCCGCUUGACCUUAUCCGAGUGCGGCUGGCUAUUGAGAGUCGGUCACAUCGAUCAUCCCUGAAGAGUAUUUGCCGUCAAAUAUACAACGAGCAGAGUGGUGCUCUGCAAUCGCAUACUACUGCGGCAAGGGGAGUCAGCAAAACUCUUUCUAGUGCUAUCGAGAAGGCACUUCCAAUAUCUAAGCUCAGCAACUUCUAUCGCGGGUUUACUCCAACAAUGCUCGGGAUGCUCCCUUACGCUGGGAUGUCAUUCUUCACACAUGACACAGUUAAAGAUUGGUUACGGCGCGCUGAGUUUGAAAAGUACACCACAGUCCAAAAGUCUGCUGCGGACAGAGGAUCACAACACCGUCCUCUGAAGAUCGGCGCCCAAUUAAUAGCCGGGGCGCUUGCCGGCACAAUCGCUCAGACCGCUUCAUACCCCUUCGAAGUCAUUCGCCGUCGCGUACAAGCCAGCGGCGUAAUGCAGGGCGAAAGUAAUAUAGGGAUUGCAAAAACCUGCCAUAGAAUCUGGUCGGAAAGAGGGUUCCGGGGCUUUUGGGUUGGAUUGACCAUCGGAUACAUCAAGGUUGUGCCAAUGGUUGCUGCUAGCUUUUUGGUAUAUGAGCAGCUCAAAUACCAAUUCAAUAUAUAA